AUGGGUAAUUCUAGAAUUGUAGCAAUUGCGAUUCUACAGUUAAUAAUUUUACUGUUUGGGUUUGGUUCUGCCGACCCACUGCAAAAUGGUUUAGUUUUCGGGUGCAGUAAUGUGAAAAGCAUCAAUACUACAAACUUUGAACAAAACUUUGAGCUGGUAAUGAGAUCCUUACUUGAAGGGGCGGCUACAUCUGGUUUUGCAACAGCAGAGCAAUCGAUUGGAACAGAUCCUGUCUAUGGUCUUGCCCAGUGCAGACAGGAUAAGAACUCUUCUGAAUGCCUUAAAUGUAUUAGGGCAGCGGAGAAGAAAAUUCGUACAUGUUCUAAUGUUUCUGGUGGCAGAAUAAUGUAUGAUGACUGUUUUCUACGCUACGAGAGUGACAAUUUUUUUACUCAAAAUACUUCUCCUGGAAGCGCUGAGUUGUGUGUGGACUAUGAAAUUAUAGACACUGGGAAAGAUCCGCAUAUAAUUCAAGGUUUGAUGAGCGAUCUAUGCAAAGUGGCUCCUAGGGUGCAUGAUUAUUAUGCUGCAUAUUUCAGAAAAGGUUCUAAUAAAACCAUCUAUGGGCUUGCUUAUUGCAUGAAAUCACUUAGCUCGGAAGGAUGUAGAGAUUGCCUCAAUUUAGCAGAGAUAAAUAUAAGGAAUUGUCUGAAUCAUUCAAAUGGACGGGCUAUUGAAGCCGGCUGUUAUUUGCGUUAUGAUUUCUACCCUUUCUUCACUAUCAAAUCUAUUACUGAUCUUAGGCGAUAUAUACGAACAGAGGAAUCCGGUAGUGCCAUUGCGUGGAUACUGAUAUGGAUCUUCGGAGGCACAUUUCUGGUUGGUGUUAUCAUUACGCCAUAUAUCCUUGGUCCUCUUAUUGUGGGAUUUUUUAAGCGCUGUCGAAACGGAAAAGUGCACAGUGAGGGCCCAACGGAUUUUGAUUUCAGCAUUCUCCAACAAGCCACUAACAAUUUUCACCCAGCGAAUAAACUGGGAGAAGGAGCUUUCGGUCAAGUAUAUAAGGGCACGUUGAAAUCUGGAAAAGUAGUGGCAGUGAAGAAGCUAUCAUUAACCCAUUCUCAGCUUACCCAAGCAUUAAAGCAAUUCGCAGUUGAAGUGAAGCUCAUUGCAAAUGUUCAUCACCGAAAUCUUUUGCGUCUACUGGGAUGUUCUACUCAAGGCCCAGAAAGACUUCUGGUUUACGAGUAUAUGCAAAACAGAAGCCUAGACAAGAAAUUAUUUGGAAAAAGAGAAAAUCCUCUUAGUUGGCAAACAAGAUAUAACAUCAUGUUGGGAACUGCUCGUGGUAUAGCAUAUCUUCACGAGGAGUUCGAUGUGUGCAUCAUCCACCGGGAUAUCAAAUCCAGCAAUAUAUUGCUUGAUGAUGACCUUCAGCCCAAGGUUGCAGAUUUCGGAUUGGCCAGACUUCUCCCCGAUGACAGGACCCACCUUACCACAAGAUGCGCAGGGACAUUAGGAUACACAGCUCCAGAAUAUGCAAUCCAUGGGCAACUGACUGAGAAGGCUGACACCUAUAGUUAUGGUGUGGUGGUUCUUGAGCUCAUUACCGGGAGAAAAAGCAUUGACUUAAGCAAGCCACCUCACAAGCAAUAUCUUCUAGACUGGAUUUGGAAGCUGUACGAAGCAAACAGGAUUUUGGAGGCAGUGGAUGAGUGCAUAGCAAAAGAAGAGUAUAGCGAGGAGGAGGUGUUGAGAGCUUUAAACCUUGCGCUUUUAUGCACACAAGCUUCUGUUGCAGAUAGACCUUCAAUGUCUGAAGUAGUGGCAAUGCUGGUAAGGAGAAGAGAGUUAACUAAUUUGGAUGUGCCUCUUCGCCCUGCUUUCAUAGACCUAGGUUUCAAACUACAUUCGGAUUCCUCCCUCCAUGAUAAUACUUUCACUGCAAAGUCCGUUGACGCUCGUUAA